AUGUCUCGUUUUAAAGAGCAUAUUGAUAGAGUGACUAGGGUUUAUGAGCGGUACACGGAGUAUGUAAGAACUAACCCAACUGCAACAGCACAGGUGGAGAGUGCGGUCCGGACCAUCUCGUACCUGAUCGCAGGAAGAUAUGCAGACUCCCAUGAACUAUCUGAACUUGUCUACUCUGCUUCCAAUCUGCUGGUGCUGUUCAAUGACAGCAUCCUGCGCAAAGGCCUGAAGUGUGCCCUGACUGUGUCAAUUUCACAGCAGAGAAUCCUCACCUGGCUCUCCGUGUUGGAGUAUGUGGAGGUGUUCUUGGAGAUGGGUACCCAAAAGGUGUGUGGUGAAGUUGGCUGCUGGUUGGUGAUCGCCCUCAUUCAAAUUUUUAAGGCAGUUUUGCGCCUUGUCCUUCUUUUGUGGUACAAAUCGGGCAUCCAGACUUCACCUCCCAUCAUUCCCCUUGACAGAGGUGCAGGGAUAGGUGAUGACGAUGACAGUAACGUGGAGAAGGAAGACGAUGCCUACUUUGUGGGUCAGAGGUCAGGACGUGUUAUCAGAUCACUCAGCCCCGCCCCGCCACUUGUUACUUCCCUGUGGCAUAUAGCAGCAGCCGGUGAGAAAAGGAGGAGUCGGAACUUGAGGGAAGAGAAGCUCCACAGCAAACCCACAGCCUUGAAACUACAUGAGACCAUCGCUGAAACUGUGUACAUCAGCCGACCUCUUGUACAUUUGCUCAGCCUCGGCCUGUGCGGAAAACAGUCCUGGAAGCCGUGGCUGAUGUCCGCAGGCCUGGAAUUUUCCAGCUUUGCAGUGCUUCACGAGAGAACGUUCGAUAACAGAUGGGAGCGAGAAGAAAUGAAGAGAAGAACCUUCCUUUUACUCUACUACCUUGUCCGCUCCCCAUUUUAUGACAGAUAUUCUGAGGAAAAGAUUCUCUUUUUGCUGCGGCUUCUGGCCAAUCAUGUUCCUGGAAUCGGCCUCAUAGCGCGACCCCUCAUGGAUUACCUGCCCACCUGGCAGAAGAUCUACUUCUACAACUGGGGAUAA